ACUCUCCGCCCCGGCCGCCAUUGCCUCGUGCCCGCGCCGGUCGGUUGGUGGCGCCUUUGUCCUACGGCGGGCAGGUGGGCUGAGGUGGAGGCGGCAGGGGCGGGCGUGAGGCGAAGGAGCGGCCGGGAGCCCGCCGCGCUGGUAGCGAGAUCCAUAUGGUUUUGGAGACGGUCGAGAUACACGACGUGAUAGAUCCCCAAUCCGAGGAAGUCCAAGGAGAGAGCCCAGGGAUGGCAGAAAUGGCCGGGAUGCCCGGGAUAGCAGAGCCAUGCGAGAUCCGCGAGACUUGCGGGACCACAGAGAUAGCAGAGACAUUCGGGAUCACAGAGACAGCAGAAGUAUGCGGGAUGCUCGGGACAUGAGGGACCUUAGAGACUUUCGUGAUCUAAGAGACUCUAGGGAUUUUCGAGAUCACCGGGAUCCCAUGUACGACAGAUACAGAGAUAUGAGAGACUCCCGAGAGCCCAUGUACAGGAGAGAAAGCUCUUAUGACCGAUACCUGCGAAUGGAUGACUAUUGCAGGAGGAAGGACGAUGCUUACUUUGACCGCUACAGAGAUAGCUUUGAUGGACGAGGCCCUCCAGGCCCAGAAAGUCAAUCUCGUGCAAAAGAGCGUUUGAAACGUGAGGAACGACGUAGAGAAGAACUUUAUCGUCAAUAUUUUGAGGAAAUCCAGAGACGUUUUGAUGCUGAGAGGCCUGUUGAUUGUUCUGUGAUUGUGGUCAACAAGCAGACUAAAGAUUAUGCUGAAUCUGUGGGGCGAAAGGUACGAGACCGCAUGGUAGUGGACUUGAUCUUCCUCAACACAGAGGUGUCACUGUCACAAGCCUUGGAGGAUGUUAGCAGGGGUGGGUCUCCUUUUGCUAUUGUCAUCACCCAGCAACACCAGAUUCACCGCUCCUGCACAGUCAACAUCAUGUUUGGAACCCCACAAGAGCAUCGCAACAUGCCACAGGCAGAUGCCAUGGUGCUAGUGGCCAGAAAUGAUGAGCGCUACAAGAACGAGUGUCGAGAGAAGGAACGUGAGGAGAUUGCCAGACAGGCAGCCAAGAUGGCUGAUGAGGCCAUCCUGCAGGAAAGGGAGCGUGGGGGCCCUGAUGAAGGAGUGCGUGGGGGGCACCCUCCAGCCAUCCAAAGCCUCAUCCACCUACUAGCAGACAACAGGUACCUCACUGCUGAGGAGACUGACAAGAUCAUCAACUACCUGCGAGAGCGGAAGGAGCGCCUUAUGAGGAGCAGCACCGACUCUCUGCCUGGCCCGAUUUCCCGCCAACCACUCGGGGCGACCUCGGGUGCCUCGCUGAAGACACAGCCAAGCUCCCAACUGCUCCAGAGCGACCAAGUGCUCCCCUCUGCUACACCCACUCCAGCUGCACCCCCCACCUCCCAGCAAGAGCUUCAGGCCAAAAUCCUCAGCCUCUUCAAUAGUGGCACGGUUGUGGCCAAUAGCAGCUCUGCAUCCCCCUCAGUCGUUGCCGGAAACACCCAGAACCAGAAUUUUUCCACAGCAGUGUACAGCCAGCCUCAGCAAAGAUCACAGGCCUCUGGCAAUCAGCCUCCAAACAUUUUGGGACAGGCGGGAUCUGCUCGGAACAUGGGCCCCAGGCCUGGGGCUCCUUCCCAAGGGCUCUUUGGCCAGCCUUCCAGUUGCCUGGCACCUGCCAGCAACAUGGCUAGCCAGAGGUCUGUGUCUUCCACAGGUAUCAACUUUGACAAUCCAAGUGUACAGAAGGCUCUGGACACCCUGAUCCAGAGUGGCCCUGCUCUCUCCCACCUGGUUAACCAAACCACAGCACAGGUGGGGCGGCCCCAGGCCCCGAUGGGAUCUUACCAGAGGCAUUACUGAGGCUAAUCUCUCAACUACCCCCAGUCCCCUCACCCCCUGGCCUCCCACCUACUUCGUUCAAAUAGUUAUUUGGAGGAUGUUCUCUGCGCCUCUCCAGGUCUACAUCGAAUGUUUCUACCACCUGCUCUCUUCUGCCUGAGGCUGUGUUGCUUAUUCCUUCCAGAGUCAGAGUUUAUACUGCAUUUGGGGGUGUAUCUUUUUUUGUUGUUUUUGUUUUUUGUUUUGUAGAAAAUAAAUAUCUCUGGGGUCACUUGGGCAGUA